AUGGGGUGUGUGAUUAGCAGAGAAGUGUCAUCGGGAAUAAUCUCUGAGGCGAAGGAGGAGAAGAGUGUGAGCGUUGAGUCCAGCAAGAAAGUUGAUGAAGUGUCCACAAGCAGAGCUGAGGGAAACGUUGUAGAGGCUCAGAACGGUGAGAAGGAGAAGGAGAAGGAAGAGAAUGGUGGUGCUGAUGGGGCUCGGCGGCCGAAGGGUGAGAGAAGAAGAUCAAAGCCAAAUCCAAGGCUAAGUAAUCCACCGAAACAUGUGCAGGGGGAGCAAGUAGCUGCUGGGUGGCCACCUUGGCUAACAGCAGUGUGUGGGGAAGCCCUUAGUGGGUGGAUUCCACGAAAGGCUGAUACAUUUGAGAAAAUUGAUAAGAUUGGUCAAGGAACUUAUAGUAAUGUGUACAAAGCUAAAGACACAUUGACGGGUAAGAUUGUUGCACUGAAGAAGGUUCGAUUUGACAAUUUGGAACCUGAGAGCGUAAAAUUCAUGGCCAGAGAGAUUCUUAUAUUGCGAAGAUUGCAUCACCCCAAUGUUAUAAAGCUAGAAGGUUUAGUUACAUCCAGAAUGUCCUUGAGUUUGUACCUGGUGUUUGAUUACAUGGUGCAUGAUUUAGCUGGACUUGCUGCAAGCCCUGACAUUAAAUUUACAGAGCCUCAGGUUAAAUGUUACAUGCAUCAACUGCUAUCAGGACUUGAGCACUGUCAUAAUCGAAACGUACUUCACCGUGAUAUUAAAGGAUCAAAUCUUCUUAUUGACAAUGAAGGAGUACUUAAAAUUGCCGACUUCGGCCUUGCAUCUUUCUUUGAUCCAAAUCGCAGGCAUCCCAUGACUAAUCGUGUAGUUACCCUUUGGUACCGCCCUCUUGAGUUGCUUCUUGGUGCCACAGAAUACGGUGCGGCCAUCGACCUUUGGAGUGUUGGUUGCAUUUUAGGGGAGUUAUUGGCUGGGAAACCUAUUUUGCCUGGACGUACGGAGGUGGAACAACUGCAUAAGAUAUACAAACUUUGUGGUUCACCUUCUGAUGAGUAUUGGAAGAAGUCGAAGAUGCCUAAUGCUACCUUGUUUAAACCUCGAGAGCCAUACAAGAGAUGCAUAAGAGAGACAUUUAAAGAUUUUCCACCAUCAGCUCUGCCCCUUAUCGAGACUCUUCUUGCAAUUGAUCCAGCAGAACGAAAGAGUGCCUCAGAUGCUCUAAGAAGUGAGUUCUUUACCACAGAACCUUAUGCUUGUGAUCCUUCUAGUCUUCCAAAAUAUCCCCCAACGAAGGAAAUGGAUGCUAAACGACGGGAUGAUGAAGCAAGAAGAUCAAGAGCUGCAGGAAAAGCUCAUGCUGAUGGUGCAAAGAAACAUCGAAUGCGUGAUCGCAGUGUAAAAGCUGCUCCUGCUCCAGAAGGCAAUGCUGAGCUUCAAUCCAACGUUGAUAGAAGGCGUUUAAUCACUCAUGCAAAUGCUAAGAGCAAGAGUGAAAAGUUCCCUCCACCGCAUGAAGAUGGACAACUUGGCUUUCCUUUGGGAUCUUCUAAUCACAUUGAUCCAGAUAUUGUUCCUUCUGACAUCUCUUUGGGCUCAACCUCAUACACCUUUUCAAAGGAAUCAUUCCAAGCUUGGUCAGGUCCCAUUGGUAAUUCUGCUAGCAUUAGUAAGCGGAAGAAACACACUGCAGGUGAUGCAUUGGAUUUAUCAAAACCAUAUAAAGGAACCCUCAAGGAUAAAGUUAAAGGAAAGAAAAUCAUAGCCUAG